AUGGUUGAGUUGUAAUGUCCAAAUGCUGGUGCCGGUCACUUGAAGAACAAUAAUGGUCAUGGUGAGAAUAUAGCACAGGGAUAUGGCGCUAGUCCCGACUAUACUACCGAGGUGGAUUUCAAUUCGUGUUCAGCUGUCAUGGAUUAUUGGGCUUCUGAGGAAAAGGACUACGACUACGAUGGGCAUGGGCAAAAUAACCGUGGUACUGUGGGACACUUCACAGCCCUGGUAUGGGUAAAUACUACCCUGAUAGGAUGCGCAAAGUGCCCUAGUCAAGCGUAUCAGAUAAGCGUGGUCUGUAAUUUUCAGGCUCCAGCGGUUCCAAAGGGGGCAGACAUACAGACCUCAGAGGCUGAGCACACGAACGGCGCUUCAAAGCUGGUAAAGUAUGCUGAAUGGAGGUGCCCAAACGCCGAUGCCGGUCACUUGCAGGACGAUGAUGCUCAUGGUGAGAAUAUAGCACAGGGAUGGGCUCCCAGUCCUGGCAUUAUUGUUGACGUGGACUUCAGAUCGUGUUCAGCUGUCAUGGAUUAUUGGGCGUCAGAGGAAGUGAACUACGAUUACGCUGGUCAUGGUGCAAACAACCGUGGUGAAACUAUGCACUUCACAGCACUUGUUUGGGUCAAUUCGACAAUUAUUGGGUGCGCAAAGUGUCCGAGUCAUGCCUACCAGAUAAGCGUUGUCUGCAAUUUUCAAGCGCCGGGAAAUAUUGAGGAGCCGUCCUAUGAGGCGGCGAAUGUCUUUCCGCCACUCGAUAGCAAUAUCCCAUAA